UCUCUCUAUUUCCUUAUUCUAUUCUUUUCUUCAAUCCUAUAUUGUGUGUUCUCUGUUUUAAUAGACUGAGAACCGAGGAUUUGAAUGUGUGAUUUUCUUUCAUUUAUUCUUUGAUCGUUACUAAAUUUACCUUCUACUUUUAUCUUGUUACUUCUAAAAAACGCCAUCUUUCUUUGUGUAUAUACCCUUUUCCUGUACAAUUUCAUCCGUCCAUCUCACCCAUCUUAUCCCUACUCUCUCUCUCUCUCUCUCAACAAUUUUUUUUAUUCCAACAAAAAAAAACAUACCGUCUUUCAAUUCCUUCCUUUAUUCUACUUUUGCUUUGUCUCAGCCGAUUCUCCGCUCUCUUGUUAUUUACCUUAACAACCGCCUUAACGACUAGUUAUUAUCUUAUUCUUUCUUAUAACGACCAUCUCCCAAGAACUACUAUAUCCAAAUUCAAGAAAAUUGAAACCUCUAGCUACUUUUUAUGACCAUGGCAGCAAUGAUACAACAUACUCCGGUGAUGCUUCGUCAACAGCAGGAUAAAGAAGAUGAAGAUGUCGCACUGGCUACCUAUCUGACUUCCAAUAUGCGUUUUGACAAGCCGCAAGACGUCUGGUCCUAUCAACAACAACAGUCCAUGAACUGGCAACGUCAACAACAACAACAACAGCAGCAACAGCAAUAUGCUUACUAUCAGAACAGCAAACAUACCCGUACCAGUCAACGACCGUCUCGUGCACGUACUCCCAGCAACCCGGGACGCGAUGUUUUGCCCAUGCAAAAAUCCAAUUCCACGCCAUUACCAUCGCAAGUCCCUAGUUCCGGUUCCAACCAUCCUCGCAGCAAACCUCAAGCAUCAUCACCACGUUCGACCGAUCCUAUGCGACGAUCCCGAUUAAUCAGCGAGUCUUCUAGACCGCCACUAAGUUAUCCUCGCAAUAGUUCUUCCUCGUCCUCAGUUAUCAUUUCAGACAAUGGUGGCGGUGUGCGUCGAUCGUCCAUUACCUCCGUGGCGUCAUCCACUGUAUCGCAAACCGUGUCGAUCCGUUCCGAAAUGUCGGUGAAUACCAAAUUAUCACUGUCGCGAAGACUGCGUAAAGUGUUCAGUAUGGGCAAUCUUCGUUCCAGCAAAGAUUUGGGAGCACUACGCGAGAGAAACACAUCGUCGACUUCAGUGGUGACAGCAGAUGUGGAUGCUGCAUCUGUCAAGUCGGUGGAUGUACGUAAUCCCAAUUCGUUUCGACGACGUUCUCUGGCUUCUUUGUCCAACCUAUUCCAUCAUCACGGCAAAACUUCUUCGGUUGCUGAGCCUGAAGUGUCCACCAGUCAGAAAAUCGGCGCGACCAAUAAAGGCAACUCGUUACCGCGGCCGAUCUCUUCUGGCGACCUGCGUGACCUGGCCGCUCGAUCCAAAUCCGAUGAUAAGAAAGAUAGACCGGCGUUACGUGUGGAUACAGAUGAAGCCAUUACCAAAUCGCGAAAAAAUGCAUCCAAAGGUUCCGGUCGACCUGUGGCUGCACCUGAUUCUCCCAACAGUGCGAUUUCGUCCCGAUCGUAUCGUUUGCCUCCUCCCGCGCAUCAAUCACAUCGAUUGAUGCAUCCCGAGUUACCAUCUCCUACACCUUCUUCGUCUUCGUCCUCCAGUCAACGUCCUAGACUUCCUUCGUUGACUCAGGAAGAUGAAAUGAUCCCUCCUCCUGCGGUUGGCCUUCAUUACGGUUUACCGUUGCAUGGGUCGCCUCGAUUGAAGCCGGCUCACUCGUCCAGUUCGUCACUUGUGGAAUCCAUCCCGAAGCGGCGAAUUCAGUUCUGUACGACGAUCCAGGUGCAUGAAACAUUCGCCGCUUCUGAAUAUGAUCGCCGUUGUGAUCCUAACGCGACCUGUCAAAAACUAUCUCCAUUGGUGGCCAUGAAGAUCAAACAGGAGUUAAAUGAGUAUAAACUGACGGAUAUGGAAGUGCAUGUUGAAAGUCGCCAAUACACCCAUUUCUUCUUGUAAUCUUUCUUUUUUUUUUUUCCCCUCCUCGUGUAAUCUUUAGUUCCUAUUUCCGUAGCUCUUUUCUUUUUUAUAUAUCUUGUUCAUCUAGACUGCCAUUCUAUCUAUUUCAUUUUUUGCUAUGUCCAAGCUAUUCUAUACAACAACGUCAGAAGAAUAAUUCUUUUUUUUUUUUUCUACUUCAUUCUAAAAAAAAC